AUGACUGUUGUCAAGCAGCUGUUGUGUCACGCUCCCGUCCAGCAGAUGGCGCAAACGAACCGCGUGUUACAUAAAUCAACAGAAGAAGAAGAAGAGAAGAUCACGAGCCUCAGCAGAGUUAUUUCUGAAGAUGUAUCUGUUGUCUCUCUCUGUGACUUUACUGAUCAAACAUCUACAGAUCUUCUGGUUUCUGUCUGUAAUGAAGACCAGAAGACAUCAGUGAAUCUGCUGGACUGUGGGAUAGAAGUGAAACAAGAAGACACAGAAGCAGAUGAAGAUUAUUUGAUUUAUUCAGAUCAGAAAGUGGUAAAGGAGGAAAUUUCACAACUCAAUGAAAUGGAGGAGAAACCUCAUCAUUUGAUACCCAAGGAAGAAUCUCUGAGCUGCUCGAUUACUGCAAGGAAUUUGUCACCUAAAAGGAACAACAAGAAAAAGGCAAAAGUCAAAGAUGCUUUUACUUGCCCUCAGUGUGGAAAGACCGUCAAUACGAAAGAUCAUCUUCAUCAGCACAUGAAAAUUCACACUGGAGAAAAACCUUACAGAUGUGAUCAGUGUGGAAAAAAAUUCAUUCGUAAGUUCCAUCUCAGUGGGCACAUGAGAAUUCACACUGGAGAAAAGCCUUACAGAUGUGAUCUUUGUGAAAAGAGCUUCAAUCGUCAGUUCCAUCUGAACAGGCACAUGAGUAUUCACACUGGAGAAAAGCCUUACAGAUGUGAUCAGUGUGGAAAUAGCUUCAUUCGUAAGUGUAAUCUCAACAGGCACAUGAAAAUUCACAGUGGAGAAAAGCCUUAUAGAUGUGAUCAGUGUGGACAUAGCUUCAUUCGUAUGUACCAUCUCAACAGGCACAUGAGAACUCACACUGGAGAAAAGCCUUACAGAUGUGAUCAGUGUUGCAAGAGCUUUAUUCGUAAGUCCACUCUCACCAAGCACAUGAGAAUUCACACUGGACAAUAGCUUUAAAAAGCCCCUACUAUCGCUCUCUGAUUUUCACAUUUCAAGAGUUAAGAUGCAAAAACCACCAAACACCACCUCCAUCAAAUAUGAGAUAAUUAUCUUAACCAAGUGCUCUGGGCAAAUACUAUACAAUCACCAAAUACUUCUGCUGGGCUUAAUCCCAGCUUCAGGCCAUUCAGAAAUACCAGUUUGUUUGCAGAAUCCAUUAAGAGUCUGAUAGAAAUGAACACUGGGUCUGUAGUCCAACAGUUAGAUGUUGAUGUGGACAUGUUACACAUUUGCAAACUGCCCGCCCGCUGACUAAAAAGAUGGCUAAAACGGGGCACAGAUAUUUUGCUGAAUACCACAGUUCAAGUCUGGUGAACUCUGCGAAUUUAUAUCACCGGGAGAUAUGUGACCAGUAGAAAACUGUUAUGUCAUGGCUAGGGCAGUGACGGUUGUCCAUUGCGCCACUGCGGUGCUGCAGUGCAUCCCGCGGUGGUGUGCACAUCAAAAAGUAAAAAAAAGAAGUACAAUCUCGCCCAGCGAGAGUUCUUCGAGUAUGUGUGAACGGCCAGCAGACUCCAUGUUAGUGCGUUACUUGCAAGAGGGGGCAACUGAGUAAUGACCCGCUGGCUAGGGGGCGGAACAAUGAGGCAAGAUAUUCUCCCUUGGUCAACGUUGCGAAAAAGUAUGAAUCUCUGCACUCACCAAAAUGCCCAAGUACAUAGUCUCAAUUGCUUCACAUUUGCUUUACUUUUAGGCAUUUAUCAGAUGUUUUUAUCCAAAGCGGCUUACAAAGAUUAGGAAACAAUCAAGUGAUUUGUCAUAAGGAGGUGU